UUCAGCACUGUUCUUCAAUUGAGCCGGAGAUAUUUAUUUAUUUUUGUUUUUGUUUAUUAACUAAACUCUGGCAGUUGCAUUUUAAGUGAAGAUAUGAAACUGAAGUCCCAAGUAGUCGAGAAUUCAAACUGUUAAAGUGAACCCAAACUGAACCACAAAAAUGUCAUCCUUGCGCCUAACUAAACAGCAACACGACCAUUUAAGUCUGCUGCAAAGACCUGCUGGCGAUGUGGUUGAGCUGUGCAAGUCCGCCUUCGAUUACCUAAUAAAUGGACCCAAUCCCAGCCGCUACGAGACGUUGGCCAAGAAGUACUCGGAUUCGGGAAGCGCAGAGGCAGUGCAGCAGGCUGUGGAGGCGCUUAUAUCCCUGUUGAUAAGCGUAACCACCCGGGUGGGAGGUGACUGCGUCAAUAUGCAGGCGAUCCUACGCCAGACAUUUCCCGAUCUCGGCGACGAUGUGCUGGAGGUCCUCGAACAAUUUGUCACCAGCAAGCGAAACUUUGUGGAGGGCUCGAUAAAGUCAGCCAACAUACGUGCCUAUCGGCUGGUCAACCUGGACUGGCGACUGGAGGUGCGCACCGCAUCACGGAGUCUGCUGGAGCAGUGUCAUGUGGUGGUGACCAUGAAGCUAUACCUACACACCGAACCGAAGAACGAAAACCGCGAAUUGCUGGCCGUGGACACAUCUGGACGCAGUGAACAGGAGCUGAAGGCCAUGCAGGAGGACGAGCGGCUGCAUCGGAAAGAUCUGCUGGUGCAGACCGAUGUCAGCAGUCUGGUGCACAUGAUCAAAACGCUGGAGGACGCGCUGGCCGAGUCCAAGACGCGGCGCAUUCGCAACAUAGUCGAUGCCAUACACUGAUAUGACUCCAGAACUCACAAUCUUGUUAACGCUAAUUUAAUCUGGACCAAUUUAUUACUACUAAAGCUAACUAGAAAA